GACAGGACGGGACGGGACGCGCGAGCCACAGCUCACGGUGCCGCCAUGGUGUUCAUUCAGGAAGGAAGCAGGAGGGGGUCUGGACCGGACAUAGUUGCAGAACAUCCACCAUGACUCUGGGCCUAACUGUCUGGCCCUGGGUCCUGUUCUGCCUCGGAGCCAUCCUGCCCUUGAGAGGGCGCAGUUGGGAGAGUGCAUCCGCCGGCCCCCUUCUCCAGCACGAGCCGUUUGUGGUGGUGUGGAACAUGCCCACAGCCCGGUGCCACCAGCGCUUUGGGGUUGCCCUGCCUCUCGAGGACUACGCCAUCGUGGAGAACCAAGGCAAUGCAUUCCAGGGCCAGAACAUGACCAUCUUCUACAAGAACAAGUUUGGACUCUACCCCUACAUCUCCCUGGAGGGCAAGCACCACAAUGGGGGGAUCCCCCAGAAAGUCCGCCUCAAGCAGCACCUAGAGAGGGCUGCGGCGGCGAUCACCCAGCUCCUGCAGCCAGACUUCCACGGGCUGGCCGUGGUCGACUGGGAGGAGUGGAGGCCGCUGUGGAGACGGAACUGGGGCCCCAAGGCAGUGUACAAGGAGGCCUCUGAACAGUGGGUCCGGGAGAGGUUCCCAGAGAUGCGUGCCAAGAAGCGAGUCUACUUGGCCGAGUUAGAGUUCGAGGGAGCAGCCCAGGAGCUCAUGGAGAGGACGCUGGCGCUGGGGAAAGAGCUGAGGCCCUGGGGUUUGUGGGGCUUCUACAGGUUCCCUGACUGUUUCAACGAUAACUGGACGAAGGGGGGGAAUUACACGGGGGAGUGCCAUGCCAUGGAGGUGCUGCGGAACAAUCGGCUCAUGUGGCUCUGGGAGGCCUCCACCGCCCUCUACCCGAGCAUCUACCUCCCACCCAAGCUUCCGCCGGCCAAGCGCCAGAGCUACGUUCACCACCGCCUGCAAGAGGCCUUCCGCGUGGCACAGUUUGGCCUGGAGCACCCCCUGCCGGUGAUAGCAUACUCCCGAGUCUCCUAUCGGCACUCCGCCAGGUACCUGUCCAAGGCUGACCUGGUCCAUACGAUCGGGGAGAGCGCGGUGCUCGGUGCCACCGGCCUGGCACUGUGGGGGGACAACUCCUACUCCCGUUCAGCUGAGAGCUGCAGGAGCCUCCGCCGUUACAUCACCAACACCUUGGGGCCCUACGUGGUGAACGUGACAUCAGCGGCCAAGCUGUGCAGCCGCCAGCUGUGCCAUGGGCAUGGACGGUGUGUGAGGCAGCGCCCCGACGAGCUGGGAGCCUUCCUGCACCUCAGCCCGCAGCAGUGGGGAGCGGACCCCAUGCUGAACAACUAUGUGGGCCUGGACGAGCCGGGCCAGAGGGCAUGGGGGCAGUUCUGCUGCCGCUGCUACCACGGGUGGACGGGAGUCAGCUGUGAGAAGCCGGGGUGGACUGAGCCCAUCAGGGGUCCGGACUGCAUUGCGCGGGCCCAUCAUCCUGACAUCUGCGUCGCAGUGCGGGACAGAAACACUGUGGGCUCCCAGAUCUGCCCUAAGUCUGCCUAUGAGGGGAAGACGGAGCUCAGGUGACCGCCUGGAUCAAGGAGUGGCUCCUGUGACCUCAGCAGGCUCAUAGAUAUGGAACUCGGGGAGAAGGGAGCCUGUGGUGGUGGUGGUGGAAAUUCAUGCACUGAUGCGCCCUUUAUUCCUGGCUAGACGGCUGGAUCUGCCACAGGAUGAUCAACUGUUCCUAGGGGAUCAACCGGGACUGCCCAGUCCAGCCAUAAGAAUCCAUCCUUCCCUUCCCCAAAUAAAACAAUAAUGAA